UUGAACGUCCCGGCAAUGGCAGGGUGUUUUCCGGCGGAGUUUUUGGAGUUCAUUGCGUGGCAGUUUGAUCAGAUGCCGAAGACGGCGGCGGGAAAAAUCUAUAACGCUUGUAGAGUGAUCGAACGGCCGUACUUGGAAGUGAUCGAAAGGGUCGAAGAUGAGAUUAAGCAUUGGGCUUUGGGUCCCUUCAACCCUCUCAAGAUCUCACCCACUACUAACAAGAACCGGCAGAACUCGCCGGGCGGCCAUGGCUGCAUAGCAUGGCUGGACCAGCAAGAGCCGAGAUCAGUGAUCUACGUCUCGUUCGGGACGACGACGGCAAUGGGAGAGGAGCAGAUCAAAGAAAUAGCAAUGGGGUUAGCAAGAAGCAAGCAAAAGUUCAUCUGGGUCCUCCGAGACGCGGACAGAGGAGACGUCUUCGACGUAGGCAAAGUUCGAAACUCCGAGCUGCCGGAGGGAUACGAGGAGCUGGUAAGAGGGCAAGGGAUGGUGAUAAGGGAGUGGGCGCCGCAGCUCGAGAUUCUGAGCCACCGGGCGACGGGAGGGUUCAUGACGCACUGCGGGUGGAACUCGGCGCUGGAGAGUUUGUGGUCCGGCGUGGCGGUGGCGGCGUGGCCGAUGCACUCGGACCAGCCGAGGAACACGGUGCUGAUGACGGCGGUGCUGAGGGUGGGGAUGGUGGUGGAGGAGUGGGGGCAGGGUGGAAAGGUGGCGGUGGUGGUGGCGGCAGCGGCAGUGGAGGGUGUGGUGAGGAGGUUGAUGGCGUCGGAGGAGGGGGAGGAGGUGAGGAGGAACGCCGAGAGGCUUGGGGAGGCCGUCCGCCGGUCGGUGGAGCACGGCGGCGAUUCUCGCCGGGAGUUGGAGGCUUUUGUUGCUCAUAUUACGAGGUAGAUUUUAACUGUAAAAAAAAAGUCUUAAACAGAAACAGAGUGAGAAAAGUGAGAGAGAGAAGAAAGAGGA